UGGCGGCAGUGCUGUUACAUUGCCGAUUCACGAAUCCGAAGGUCCUGACAUAGCAGUUUACAUUUAUGGGACUUCAACUUACGGAGAUGUGAUGGAUGCAGGCCUACAUCCAUGUGCAAUGAAAGAAGAAACCCUGAAAUGCAACCCUGAAACGAUCAGCCUCCGUGGGUGAGAGCCAGCUUUCACAGAGAGGAGUGGGUGAUGCCUGAAGGAAACCUGCAGCAGAAGUUCAUUAAGAAGGAUGUGUUUCAUAAGCCAAGUUGUUGAUAUUUGCUGAAGAUGAGUAGUGCGGGGGACAACACCCCCGACCCUGCUGCCAGGGGAGAGUCUCUGAAGCGGAAAGAAUGUGGCCCGGACCUCCUGGGGCCCAGCCCCAAGCGGAGCACGGAAAAACCACACCGGGAGCAUGAAAACAAAUACAUUGAAGAACUUGCUGAGUUGAUCUUUGCAAACAUCAACAACAUUGACAACUUCAAUGUCAAGCCUGACAAAUGUGCAAUCUUGAAAGAAACUGUGAAGCAGAUUCGUCAAAUAAAAGAACAGGCAGAGAAAACAACAACUGCCAAUGCAGAGGAGGUACAGAAAGCACACGUCUCAUCAACAGGCCAAAGCGUUAUUGACAAAGAUGCUCUUGGACCAAUGAUGCUCGAGGCCCUGGACGGGUUCUUCUUUGUGGUGAACACGGAGGGGAACAUUGUGUUUGUGUCGGAGAAUGUGACCCAGUACCUGCAGUAUAACCAGGAGGAGCUGAUGAACACCAGCGUCUACAGCGUCCUGCACGUAGGAGACCACGCGGAGUUCAUCAAGAACCUGCUGCCCAAGAGCCUGGUGAACUGUAGAGCACCGCGGUCCAGUGAGAAUCCCAACAGGAAUAGCCACACGUUUAACUGCCGCAUGCUGGUCAACCCCCACGGGCCCUGGGAGGGGGGUGAGCAGGAGCCCCAGGACCAGGAGGUGCAGCAGAAGUACGAGACCAUGCAGUGUUUCGCCGUGUCUGAGCCAAAGUCCAUCAAAGAGGAGGGAGAAGAUUUCCAGUCUUGCCUGAUCUGUGUAGCACGAAGGGUUCCAGUCAAAGAGAGGCCCAUGCUCCCAACAUACGAGAGUUUUACCACCAGGCAGGAUCUCCAAGGUAAGAUCACGUCACUGGACACCAGUCUGCUGAGAGCCUCCAUGAAGCCAGGCUGGGAGGACCUGGUCAGGAGGUGCAUCCAGAUGUUCCACCUGCAGAACGAUGGGGAGAUGUCAUUUGCCAAAAAGCAUCAGCAAGAAGUCCUGAGACAGGGCCAUGCGUUCAGCCCUCUGUAUCGCUUCUCCCUGUCUGAUGGUACCAUUGUGUCUGCCCACACCAAGAGCAAGCUGGCGCGCUCCCCUGCCACCAACGAACCUCAGCUCUACAUGUCCCUCCACAUCCUCCAGAGGGAGCAGACGAUGUGUGGGAUGAACCCGGACAUGUCUGCCCAGGGACAGGGGAUGGGGAAGCAGCCAAUGAACACUAUGUCUUCACUGACCCCUCCCAGUGUGGGUGGGCUGUCCCCGGGGCUGGGGGUCCAGGGCCAGGACACUACGGUCAGCAGCAAUACCAACAUGGCCACCAUGGGUGGCCUGCAGGGUGGACGUUAUGGAUGCCAGGGGGCUAUGAACCGUUCCCCCACUCAUCGGGGUAGCAGCAACUAUGCACUCAAGAUGGAGAUGAACAGCCCGUCGCAGGACAGCCCCAGUGUGACCUCUCAGGGGGGUCAAGGUGGCGGUGGUACCAUGCUGUCCCCACGCCACCGCCAGAGCCCCAGUGUGGCGGGUUGCCCCCGCGUUGCUCCCCCAGGACCCUUCUCCCCGACGGGCAGCUUGCACUCUCCACCAGGGGUGUGUAGCAGCACAGGGGUGGGGAACAACCACAGUGGCUACACUGGUAACAGCUCCCUCAAUGCACUUCAGGCCCUUAGCGAAUGCCACGGGGUCUCCCAGCAGGGGCAGUCCACAGGGUCACCUGACAGGAAGCCAGGCAACACGCUGCAGAUGCAGAGUCCCCCUGGUAGUGGUGGAGCUAGCAGCAGUAGUAACCUCGACUCCAGCCAGCUGGCCAACCGCAGCAGCACCACAUCUGAGAGAGAGAUAGGGAUGUUUGGAGCAUACGGGGAGCAGUCCCAGCCAGACGGGGAGGAGAGGGAGAAUGUGGAGCAGAGGAAGUUGAAAGAUUACACCCCCGAGCAUUUUGGAGGAUCAGGAGGAGAGCUGAACGAGGCCCAGAACAGGCUCCUCAACAGCAAGGGCCACACCAAGCUCCUGCAGCUGCUCACCAACAAGUCAGAGCACAUGGAGCCCUGCUCGCCCCACGGGGCCCCCGGGGGAGGGGAGCCCAACUGUAAGGAUCCCGGGACGGGACCAGGGGGCCACAACAACCACUCCACCUCGCUGAAGGAGAAACACAAGAUCCUCCAUAGACUCCUCCAGAACAGCACGUCCCCGGUAGAGCUGGCCAAGCUGACGGCCGAGGCCACGGGGAAGGAGCUGGGUCAGGGCCAGCAAGACCAGGGAGGACCAGACAGUAUGGCCGCCACCGUGGCUGAGAUGGCCACCAAGCAGGAGCCCGUCAGCCCCAAGAAGAAGGACAACGCGCUGCUGCGCUACCUGCUGGACAAGGACGACAACACCAUGCAGGAGAAAGGCAUCAAGAUGGAGCCCGGGACAGAGAUGAAGGUGGCCAAUGUGAAGACUGAGAAGCACGACCCGGGAUACAACAUGGCAGAUCAGUCUAGUGAGCUGGAAGACAUCUUGGAUGAUCUGCAGUGUAGCCAGCAGCAGCAGCUCUUCUCAGGCCAGCACCACCAGCAGCAGUCCAGACCUGUGUCUCUGCCUGCCAACGUAGACAAGCAGUCCAUCAUCAACGACAUCCUGCAGAUGACAGAGAACAACAGCAGUCCCACGGGCACCAACACCCAGCAGAAGGCCUUCCCAGGCAUGGGCCCAGGACACUUCAAUGGUCCCAGGAUGGGCCAGCCAGGCCGAGGGCCCCCUGUCCGCAGUAUGUCCCUAGUUCAGUCCAACAUGUCUGGCCAUGGUUCUCCCCGACCCUUCCCUCCUCCCAGGAACAGCAGCCCCUACUCUGUCAUGCAACAGCAAGCCAUGAUGGGAAACCACGGGAUGCUGCAGAACCAGGCUAACAUGGGCAACGCAGGCAUGCCCUGGGCUAGCAUGCAGCAGGGUUGGGGCCCUCAGGGGCCAAUGGGCCAGGCUCUGCAGCAGAGAAUGGGGCCUGAUGGUCACAUGGUGCCCAACGUCUCAGCUGGAGUCCCCAUGAGGCCCAGCAACCAGCAGCCUGGACCCAGACAGAUGGUCCCAAUGCAGAUGAUGGGAAACGUGCAAUCAGAUAUGGAGAUGGCUGGUCCUCCCUACCCAGGACAGCAGGCACCGCCCAAUCAGACGGCCCCAUGGCCUGACCGCAUGAUGUCAGUGGAUCACGGGCCUUAUGGGAACCAGAACCGACAGGCUUAUGGUAACCUCCAGGAGGAGGCACUGUGUCCCCCCUCGCGGCCCGGGGAGGGGCCUUCGGACGGGGACGCCCUGCUCAGCCAGCUCUACUCAGUGCUGAAAGACUUUGACGGCCUGGAGGAGAUUGACCGCGCCCUGGGAAUCCCCACUCUGAUUAGUCAGGGCCAGCCAGUGGAGCAGGAGCAGUAUGCCAAUCAGGAGUCGCCCAUGAGGAAGCCACCCAUGUACAGCCAGCAGUACCCCCAGGCUGGUAACAUGGCACAGGGCAACUACAUGAGCCAGCAGGACCCUGGCUUCCACGGUAUGCCCGGUCAGAUGGGCCAGCGGAUGGGGUACCCCAUGCUCCGACUCCCUGCCCGACCAGGAGGCCCAGUGCCCGCCCAGCCCAACAACCUGAGGCUGCAGCUGCAGCACCGACUACAGGCACAGCUGCAGAAUCGUCAGCCAAUGAUGAAUCAGAUGGGCGUGUCAAACAUGAACCUACCUCUCAGACCCAGUGUACCCAACCAGGGAACCCUGAAUGCUCAGAUGUUGGCCCAGAGACAGAGGGAGUACCUGAGUAACAUCCUGCGUCAGCGCCAGCAGCACGUCCACCAGAGAGCCAUGCUGUUGCGGGCCCAGGGCCUCAACAUCCCCCCCAACAUGGCUGCAGCGGCUGGGGCAGUGGGGCCCUCGCAGUCCCCCAGCAUGCCCCCCGGCUCAAUCAGCACCAACCCUCGGAUCCCCCAGGCAAACCCCCAGCAGUUCCCGUACCCGGCCAGCUACGGUACUGGGCUCACGUCCCCGCCACCCUCCACCAGCCCCUUCUCCCCGCUGUCCCCUGGUCUCCCUGGGGCUCAGCAGCUCCUCUCCCCUUUCCACUCCUCCCCAAUCUUGCAUGGCUCCUCCCAGAUGAGUCUAGCUAACCAGCAAGGGAUGAUGGGAAACGUAGGUGGCCAGUUUGGAGCCGUAGUGAGUCCACAAAUGCAGCAGCACAGUGCCUUCCAGUUUCCCAGCUCAGGUAUAAACCAGCAGCAGCAGGACACAGGCUUCACAGGAGCCACCACCCCCCAGAGCCCCCUCAUGUCCCCCCGCAUGAGCCACGCCCAGAGUCCCAUGAUGCAGCAGCAGGCCCAGGCCAACUCCUCCUACCAGCCCUCCUCUGAGAUGAACGGCUGGCCUCAGGGCAACAUGUCAGGAAACAGCAUGUUCACGCAACAGUCUCAAUCUCAGCAGUACGCGCCCCAACAGUCUAAUCGUGGAAUGUACACCAGCACAAACGCCAACCUGAACAUGAACAUGCAGGGUGUCCCCAUGGCCUCCAACGCCAACGGCAGCAUGAGCAACAUGAAUCAAGUGUCAGCAGGCCAGAUGACCAUGCCUACAGGAAGCCUGUCCUCCAUGGACCCUGAGCAGGUGAAUCAUGAUAAUGCCUUGAGACGAAGGGACAACCUCAUUCUAGACCAGUUGGCUGGAAUUGACAUGUUAACACAAGAAGGUGACGCAACUCCAAACUUUUGCUGACCCCAGUCUAUUGUUGGACAACAUGGUUUACAAAUGGUCUACACCCAAUGAAAACACUGGCAUCCAACCAAUCAAGGAGCUCCUGCAGUUCUACAUGGGUCUUUGAAUGGACAAAGACUCACCUACUGAAGAACACAACUCCCUGAACCCACCAACCGCAUUCACCUUAGUGUGACUUAGGUCCUUCCCAAAUAGGCUACACGCAGACACACACACACUCUGACACACUUGUGUGUGUGUGUAUAUAUAUAUAUAUAUA